AUGGCCGACAACGAUUUGUCGGACUACGAGGACGAAGAGGAGCAGGAGCAGACCGCCGGGGAGCCCAUUUCGGAGGUGAAGAAGCCGACUGGGGGCUACGUGUCCAUCCACAGCUCCGGUUUCAGGGACUUCUUGCUCAAGCCCGAACUCCUGCGCGACAUUGCGGACUGCGGCGUCGAGCACCCUUCCGAAGUACAGCAUGAGUGCAUUCCCCAAGCGAUCCUGAGCAUGGACAUCCUGUGCCAAGCCAAGCCUGAUAUGGGCAAGACGGCCGUGUUUGUGCUGGCCACUCUGCAGCAGCUGGAUCAUGUGUCCGUGCUGGUGAUGUGCCAGACCCGAGAGCUGGCCUUCCAGAUCUUGAAGGAGUACGAGCGGUUCUCCAAGUACCUGCCCUCAGUGCGGGUGGGGGUGUUCUUCGGGGGCAUGAACGUCAGUAACGACGAGAAGCCGCUCAAGAGCAGCUGCCCCCACGUGGUAGUGGCCACCCCGGGCAGGGCCCUGGCCCUGGUGCGCUCUCGCAAGCUCCAGCUCAAGCACAUCAAGCACUUUGUGCUCGACGAGUGCGAGAAGAUGCUCGAGCAGCUCGAAAUGCGUCGAGACGUGCAGGAAAUCUUCCGCAACACACCCCAGGAGCAGCAGGUCAUGAUGUUCAGUGCCACGCUGAGCAAGGAUAUCCGGCCCGUCUGCUUCAAGUUCAUGCAAGACCCGAUGGAAGUGCAUGUGGACGACGAGGCGAAGCUGACCCUGCACGGGCUGCAGCAGUACUACGUGAAGCUGAAGGACAGUGAGAAGAACCGCAAGCUCUUUGAGCUGCUCGACCUGCUCGAGUUCAACCAGGUGGUGAUCUUUGUGAAGAUGGUGCAGCGCUGCAUGGCCCUCGCCCAGCUGCUGGUGGAGCAGAACUUCCCCGCCAUUGCCAUCCCCCGCGCCAUGACACAGGAGGAAAGGCCCCGCCACUGUGACACCCGGAGUGUGAGCUGGAACUUUUCCGAUUAA